AUGCCCCUCAUUAGAUCUGACCUCCUGUUGCUGACCUGGCGUGUGACCCGACGAUUCUCUGCCUGCUCCCUUGUACCUUACCGUCCUCUACGUUACCAACUCGGCCUGUCUGACUUCGCACUUGCUCAGCCAUCCAUCCAUCCAUCCCAUCGGGGUCACCCGACCUCCUCACAUCUGGCUCUCCCUGGUUGGAGCCCCUGGCGAACACCCCUACCACUGACAGGUGUGCUCAGUAGUGGCGACCUGGUCUCGGGGUACUACAAGUCCAUCCCCACCAUCAGGGGCCCUGGUGAACAAGUACCCUGGGGCUUAGACUCAGCGCUCUGGGCACGCCUGACCAGUGGAGUGCUAGUGGUGCCGCUCGGCGGUCCCUCACAAUUUGUGAGGUCA